UCUCCCUUUAAGAUCACAGCAGCUUAACUGAAACACUGAGAACUGGAGAGCUAGAAGUUUCAAGUGCACAAGGAGGGACAUAAUCUCAAAGAACACAUGCAACUGUUUUGAAUUGAAGAAAAGGCUUUUUUAUUCUCUUGAAAGUACUUUUAAACAGAACUGAACUGAACGGACCUGAUCUAAGGAGUCAAGAUGUUGGCUGUGCACUUAGUCUCGUUUUACUUCUCUAAGCUUAAGGAGGACCAAAUCCAAAAGGUCGACAGGUUUCUGUACGCCAUGCGCCUUUCGGACGAGCAGUUGAAGGACAUAUCCACGCGCUUCCGUGCCGAGAUGAAGAAAGGCCUGUCCAGGGAGAGCAAUGCCACUGCUGCUGUGAAGAUGCUGCCGACCCAUGUCCACUCCACCCCAGAUGGUUCAGAAAAGGGUGAGUUUUUGGCGCUGGACCUAGGGGGCUCCAAGUUUAAGGUACUUCAGGUGAAGGUGUCUGAGAACGGCAAGAGGAAGGUUCAGAUGGAUAGCAAGACCUACCCUAUCCCAGGGGAGCUCUUCAGUGGUAGAGGCACAGAGCUGUUCGACCAUGUGGCUGAGUCUCUGAAGGACUUCAUGCAGAAAAAUGGCAUCAAUCAAAAGAAGAAACCACUUGGCUUUACGUUCUCAUUUCCAUGCGUUCAAUCAAAGCUAGACGAGGGUGUUUUGCUGUCAUGGUCAAAACACUUCAAAGUGAGAGGAGUGCAGGGCUCAAAUGUGGUGCAGUCUUUAAGGGAGGCCAUCAACCGAGUCCGGGGUAUCGAUGUUGAUGUGCUGGCCCUGGUCAAUGACACAGUGGGCACCAUGAUGACUUGUGGAUAUGACGACCAGCGCUGUGAAGUUGGUGUCAUAGUUGGCACUGGGACCAACGCGUGCUACAUGGAGGAGCUGAGACACAUCGACCUGGUGGAGGGAGACGAGGGUCGGAUGUGCAUCAACACAGAGUGGGGUGCGUUCGGCGACGAUGGCGCACUGGAGGACUUUAUCACCGACUUUGACCGCGAGAUUGACGCAGCAUCUUCAAACGCUGGAAAGCAGCUGUUUGAGAAGAUGGUGAGUGGCAUGUACAUGGGAGAGCUGGUGCGCCUGAUCCUGCUAAAGAUGGCUAAGAAGGGCCUGCUGUUUGGGGGAGUCAUCUCUGAUGCUCUACGCACCAAAGGCAAAUUCCAGACAAAACACGUCUGCCAGAUUGAACAGUACAAAGAUGGGCUGAAGAACACCAAGGAGAUCCUGACAGAGCUGGGGCUCCAGCCCUCCACGGACGACUGCAUCGCCGUCCAGCACGUGUGCACCAUCGUGUCUUUCAGGUCGGCCAACCUGUGCGCCGCAGCGCUAGCCACCAUCCUCACCCGCAUCCGAGAGAACCGCAAGCUCAAGACUCUGAAGACCACAGUGGGGAUGGACGGAACUGUCUACAGGAUGCACCCACAGUUUCCUAAACGGCUUCAUAAGGUGGUCCGGCGCCUCGUGCCCGACUGCCACGUGCGCUUUGUGCUGUCCGAGAGUGGCAGCAGCAAGGGCGCCGCCAUGGUCACGGCUGUGGCCCAGCGCCUGCUGUCGCAGCGGCAGCAUGUCGCCGACACGCUGGACCUCUUCAGGCUGGACCAGGAGCAGCUGCGUCAGGUGAGGGACCGCAUGAGGGUGGAGCUGGAGCGGGGGCUGAAGAAGGACUCGCACACCACGGCCUCCGUCAAAAUGCUGCCCUCCUACGUCUGCCGCACGCCCGACGGCUCAGAGACGGGAAAGUACCUGGCCCUGGACCUGGGGGGAACUAACUUCCGGGUCCUGGUGGUGAAGAUCAGGACUGGCAUACGCAAGUCUGUCCGCAUGUACAACAAGAUCUACGCCAUUCCUCAUGAGAUCAUGCAGGGCACAGGAGAGGAGCUGUUUGAUCACAUCGUUCAGUGCAUCUCUGACUUCCUGGACUACAUGGGCAUGAAGAACACGCGUCUCCCCCUGGGCUUCACCUUCUCAUUCCCCUGUCAACAGGCUGGCAUCGACAAGGGGACUUUAGUCAGCUGGACGAAAGGCUUCAAAGCCACAGACUGCGAAGGAAAUGAUGUAGUCGACAUGUUGAGAGAAGCCAUCAAAAGAAGAAAUGAAUUUGAUCUUGACAUUGUUGCUGUUGUGAAUGACACUGUUGGCACAAUGAUGACCUGUGCGUACGAGGAUCCCAAAUGUGAGAUUGGACUCAUCGCUGGCACGGGCAGCAACGUGUGCUACAUGGAGGAGAUGAGGAACAUUGAGACGGUGGAGGGCGACGAGGGACAGAUGUGUGUCAACACAGAGUGGGGGGGUUUCGGGGAAAACGGCUGUAUUGAGGACAUCAGGACCAAGUAUGACAAAGAGGUGGAUGAGGGCUCCCUGAACAGUGGAAAACAGAGGUUUGAAAAAAUGACCAGCGGUAUGUACUUGGGAGAGAUUGUGCGACAAAUCCUGAUUGACCUGACGAGCCGCGGGCUGCUGUUCCGAGGCCGCAUCACAGAACCCCUGAAGACCAGGGGCAUCUUUGAGACCAAGUUUCUCUCACAGAUUGAGAGUGACCGGCUGGCCCUUCUCCAAGUGAGGUCCAUCCUGCAGCACCUGGGCCUAGACAGCACCUGCGAUGACAGUAUCAUCGUGAAGGAGGUGUGUGGGGCCGUGUCUCGCCGCGCCGCCCAGCUCUGCGGAGCCGGAAUGGCCGCCGUGGUCGACAAGAUCCGUGAGAACCGAGGACUGGACCACCUGGAGGUGACCGUGGGGGUGGACGGGACUCUCUACAAGCUCCAUCCACAUUUCUCACGGAUUCUCAAGGCCACGGUGAAGGAGCUGGCUCCAAAAUGUGACGUGGAGUUUGUCCUAUCAGAGGAUGGCAGUGGAAAAGGGGCUGCGCUUAUCACAGCGGUGGCAAAGAGCUUCAAUGGCGAGACAUAACAUACAAAACUUCCAGAUGACUCUGGUCUGUUCAGACAAGACUGCUGAUAAGAGCGAUUCAUGCAAAACCAACUGGAGUCUUGAGUUAUCAUGGGAAAUUCAGCAGACUUCAUCUUGAAUGCCAAACAGCUUGUGUAACGGUCAUCUAUGAUUUUAACUGGACUGUAAAAUGUUACAGAAUGAUUUAAAGCCUAAUCAGGGUAUCUUCUCAAUAUUAAUCUUAUGUAAAAGCAGCAAAAGACGAACAUGUAUUGUACAGUUUGUGUACAAGUUUGAAAAAUGGCUGUCAAGUUCCCUAAAUUAUUUUAUUCUUCUAAAAAAAACUUUUGGAAACCCCUUCAUGAAGUUACUGUUUGCUGUAUGUCAGUAAAAAAAAAGUUAAAACUCAAACAUUGAUAACUGAGGUCAGCUUAGUGUGACUAUGUACACUUAUCUCUGGAAUGCUGACUGUUUGGAGCUUUGAAUGAUAUUUGAAUUAACCAUGGCAUUGUGUUGGACAAACAAACAAAAGUAUUUUAUCAGUCUAGCUGUAUGCGGAUGGAGGUGACCUAACAGUGAUAAACUUGUUAAUGUUUGA